GAGUUGACUGAUUUGUCAAAACAAAAGCAAAAGUGUCAAAAAUGAUCACUUUUGCUGCUUUCAAUAAUCCACUUUUUUAGCUGAAUAUAAUUCUAUAAUUGAUAAUUGCACUUUGCAGUUUGCACUUUCUUGUAAAAAAUGUUGUAAAAUUAUGGUUCAACCGGAAUUAUUUUUUAGAGGCCUUUGGCAACACGACCAUCUAUUGGGUGGCUUUAAGAUUUGUUAUAUUCUGGAAUUACAAAAUGUUGAAUGAUGAGGAAUCAUUUAUUGACUUCAAAAUACCCUCAGAAUGGAUAUACCGGGGAGAAGGAAAUUGUAACAUAGUAUUGUCCUUACCAAAGACAGGAAAAAUCCUUAGAAUACGUAAAACAAACAAGCCAAAUUCUUUGAUAGGAUGGCUGAUAGUGUGGAUAAGUGAUUUCAUAUUUUGGUAUUUUGGAAAAGCAAUUGAAGAUGAAGAGAGAGAUCUCAAGUUCUAUUCCACAGUAAUGCGUCCACUUAUUGGUAGAAAGUAUACUUCUGAAGCAAUGCAGGUGAUACUGACAAGAAAACAGAUAAAAAUAUUGGAGAAUGAACUAGGAAAAUAUAGACCAGAGUUUAGAAAACAUAAAAUUCUCCAGUAUGGAAGGGCUUCUAUUUUCAACGAUUUUGCAUUCAUACCUCAAGAAGAAUGUGACUACCUACCAUUCAAAAUGUCUGAAGACACAUUUGCAAUCGAAAUCAAACCAAAACAGGCUUGGCGAUCCCUCAGUGAAAAACAUUUUCCAGCAUGUGUGUUUUGUAUGAACCAGUAUAUGAAAUUAGGAAAUAAACGAAUUAAUACAAUAAGUGGAUAUUGUCCUGAAGAUCUCUUUUCAGGAGAUGUUUCAAAAAUGAAAAAUGCCAUAAAAUGUUUGAUUAAGGUUCCCCAAAAUAAUUUCAGGGUGUUUAAAAACGGAAUUUUGGUUUAUGGAGAACAAACUAAACCAGAGUUCUUCAAUAUAGUUCAUAGCUUGUUCAGCAACAUAGAUGAUAAACUUGACAGGUUAAUAGAUGAAUUUUCAGAAUUAGUUGUGAAAAGCUUGGUAACAAAUGUCAUGAAUGUUGAUUUCCCUGAUAACUGUGAGGAAAAACGUUUCUGUGAAUGGAACAAAAUAAUCCAAGAUUCAAACAUCAACAGUGUGUUACCCAGAGGCUGUGUAUUAGAAAAAAUUCUUUCAAUUCAGAUGCUUGAUACAGAAGGAUGUUCCUACUAUGACAAACUAUUGAAUCAAGAAAAUUCAAGUGACUGGAAAUACAUUAAUAAAUUAUUAGACAGAAUCGAUAACAAGGAUGUUUGCUUGAAAUGCAUCAUUAUGAUGUUAGGCAAUACUAAUCAUAGAGAAGAAGAAAUGGAUUUGGCUUUUGUUCCAUAUUUGAUUUCAGCCAUAGCAAAAGACUGUUCAAUAAUGAUAUCCCUAAAGAAGAUUCUUGAAGAUGUUUGUGAUCUUGAAAUGAAAAACAUCAUAAAAACAAAGUAUGGAAAUUUUUUAGUCAAUGUUGGUGUGUUUGAUCUAUACCCCAAGAGAUUAUCAUCCAUAAAAAAACAUAGACAAAGAAAUAAGAGUAUUUUGCAAGCAUACUUGAAAGCAAGAAAGUCUAAAUCAAAUGAAUGAAUAUAUUUGUUCUAUUCAUCAACAUAUCUUGUAUAUUUGUAACUUUCAACAUUUGUUAUGAAAGCAUCAAAUUGUGAUCUAAAAAGUCUGGUAUAGCAAAUUUUUUGACUCCAAAGAUAUCUAUCAAGUCAACAUUUAUUUUCUAUAAUUUCACUAUAGCAUUUUACCCAAUUACAAUAAAUUUUAAAUCAUAGAAAAUAAUUACACCAUGUGAAGAAAUCCAUUUGAAAAUCAAAUAAACCUGUCUGAUUAGAAGUCAAUGUCAAAUGAUAUUGGAUAAAAACUUCUAUAGCCAGUAGGUAUAUAGGGUGUCCCGAAAUUAUAUAGAUAGAUUUCACCCACAGAUUCUCAUAACAAAAAUAGUAAAAAAAGUGCAUGUAAACAUGAGCUCAAAAAUGAUAACGAAAUUGUGUACAUGUAUAUUACUUUUCAUGUCCGAUUUUGAAAUGCUCAGAUUUUUCCGGAAUUUUGAUAACAGGCGUGGGAAGUAGGUGGGGCUAGAGGCAUUUCUUCCCCCAACUAUUUUUUCUAGGCAAUUUUCGGCAGUUUGACCAGUAGAUAUGAAAAUAUCAUAAUUUUUACUUUAAAAUGAUACUUUUAUUUAGUUUCGAUAGCAAUCACCAUUUUCGAGAUAAAUCGAUUUUAGAAGCCUGCUGCAUAAUAAAAAUACAAUUUUUCUUGAUACCGUACCCGCCAUAAUGUUCUUCAAAUUAUUCUUUUCAUUGUUUUCCUUAUAUUUUGAGUCAAACAUCACAAGUAGAUAUUGGAAAAAGGGUUUUUCUAUCGAAAACUAAUUUUAGGGAGAAUUUGGUAAGAAAAAAGCUUCGGAAAAAACACUAUUUUUGUUACACAGCAGAUCUUAAAAUCUAUUAUCCUCCAAUGGUGAGUGCUAUGGAAACUAAACAGGAGUAUCAUAUUAUUUUGUGGUGAAACUGCCGUAAAUUGUUUCCCACCUAGUUCACACGCUCCCU